GGGAAGCUGGAUAAGUCUGUUCCUAAGCAUGAGCUGGCUCUGGACAUCAGGGAGAAUAGUUUUGGACCCAAACACCCCAGUAUGGCCACAGCAUUGGUCAACCUGGCUGUACUCUGCUGCCAACUGGUGAGAGGACCAACACUGCUAACAGUUCACUGCAUACCAGACCAGGGUUAAAAUACUUGAAAAAUCCUUUCAAAUACUUGAGCGUUUGCUUGAGUUUGCCUGGAGCGCCAGAUGUGUGGGGUUUGCAGUUUUGGGACUUUUGGUUUGGUUUAUUAAGCCAGGCAAGCUCAAACAGGCACAGAUAAAGUGUUUGAAAUGAUUUUUCACAUUAAACCCAUGUCUGCUGCAUCCAUAUUAGGGAAAGAUGGGAAGUGCUGGAAAGCAUACAGCAUGUGUAUGGUUUGAUUUGACUUCCCAGCUUAAUUGGACUUCAAAUGGAAAUUCAGAUUGUUUCUCCCAGAUUCUGUCUGGACAUUGGUCUGACUGUGUGUUAUUUUGUGACAGAAGAAGCAUAGUGAGGCGCUACCCCUGCAUGAAAAGGCUCUGAGAGUGUAAGAGGACAGUCUGUGAUGCUCACACCCACGGGUCGGAGAGACAGAACUAGCUGUACUCAGGUGAGUACACACACACACACUCCAUUUGAUUGUUAAUAUACAUACAGUACUAUAAGCUGAACGACUAGUUUUAUCAUCAUUGUCAUCAACCCCAUAUCUCUUUAUGAACCUGGUUCUCUCUUCUCUCCAUCUUCUUCUCCUUCCUCCUCCCUCUCUUUCCCCCAGCUAUGUGAAGGGGGUCUUUGAGAAAGCAGCAGAGCUCUUCAAGCAAUCCAUGGAGAUCAAAGAGGCACUCUGGUUUGUGGAAGGCCCCUUGUCGACACUCGUCCAGUGGGGACAUGUUUAGUCUGCGAGGGCCCAUCCCUCUCCCACAUGCCCCCAGGUGACCCCUCCCUGUACCUCCCCUCCGAAGAACACAGGUGGUGGAUCUCAUUUAGCCUUUCCUUGAUCCUGUGUGUCCAUUUCCUCGUCUCCUUCUAG